CCACUCUCUCUCUCUCACACACACACACACACACACACACACACACACACGCGCGCGCACGCACACGCGCGCGCUUUCACACACAUUCAUACGCCAGAGCUGACACUGCAGCAGAAAAACAGCCUGGUAGCGAAAGAGAGGGACUCCAUCGGCUGUGAGAGAGAAGGACUGUCUUCAUGGAGGCUCUGUCGAGGAGUACCUGACCAGAGGCAAUGGGCUGUGUGUGUGUGUGUUAAUGUGUGUGUGUUAAUAUGUGUGUGAGAGAGAGAGCACCCCAGCAAGAGAAGCAGCACUGCAGAUACUGACUGAGUCCGGGGCUCGGCUGGGAGCAUUGACGGAGAAACAAAGAUCCAUUGCUCUCAACCUCUGUGUGUGUGUGUGUGUGUGUGUGUGUGUUUGUGUGUGUGUGUGUGUGUGUGUGUGUGUGUGUGUGUGUGUGUGUGUGUGUGUGUGUGUGUGUGUGUGUGUGUGUGUGUGUGUGUGUGUGUGUGUGUGUGUGUGUGUGUGUGACCAGAGGCAAUGGGGUGUGUGUGUUAAUGUGUGUGUGUUAAGUGAAUGUGUAUGUUUGUGUAAGAGCUGGUGUGUCAUUCACUGCUCUGCCUGCGUAUCUGUCGUCGGCCCUCUCCCUGUCCCAGAAUGCUACAUUCUGCGCACCUGUGCUGAGGGGGCGUUGGGAACUAUGGACGCUGCGCUGGCCGGGACCCCCCUCACGGAUCUAGGCUGCCCCCCCGGGACGGGCACACACCGCACCUCUGCUGAUGGGCGAAGACACGGACACCACCCGAACACUGAACCACAGCUUCCUCCGAGACCACAACUAUGUGACUGAAGGGCUGCUCGUGGCUUUAGCCUGAAGAGCCCGCCCCGCCUCCUCCCCUCUCCCGGACUCCUCCCCCAGGAUGUUGAACCCUAUCCAGGUCCUGUGCUCCGACAUCACUUCCCUCUCUCUGGAGCCCGAGCCGUUUGCCUCUUACACUGAAGCUGAUAUCAUCUCCACUGUAGAGUUCAACCACACUGGAGAGCUCCUGGCCACGGGGGACAAGGGGGGGCGUGUGGUCAUCUUCCAGAGGGAACCUGAGUGUAAGACAGAGCCAUUCUCCCAGGGGGAGUAUAAUGUCUACAACACCUUCCAGAGUCAUGAGCCGGAGUUUGACUACCUGAAGAGUCUGGAGAUUGAGGAGAAGAUCAACAAGAUACGAUGGCUGCCUCAGCAGAACGCCUCUCACUUCCUCCUCUCCACCAAUGAUAAGACCGUUAAGUUGUGGAAGGUGAGUGAGCGGGACAAGAGGCCUGAAGGCUAUAACCUGAAGGAUGAGGAGGGCAGGAUGAAGAACCUCUCCACUGUCACCUCACUACAGGUGCCGGUGUUGAAGCCCAUGGAUCUGAUGGUGGAGGUGAGUCCUCGGCGUGUCUUUGCCAACGCCCACACCUACCAUGUCAACUCCAUCUCUGUCAACUCCGAUCACGAGACCUACAUGUCAGCUGACGACCUGAGGAUCAACCUCUGGCACCUGGGCAUCACCAACCGCAGCUUCAACAUCGUGGACAUCAAGCCAGUGAACAUGGAGGAUCUGACAGAGGUGAUAACAGCAGCAGAGUUCCAUCCUCACCACUGUAACCUGUUGGUCUAUAGCAGCAGUAAAGGAACUCUACGGCUCUGUGACAUGAGAGAGGCCGCACUGUGUGACAAACACUCCAAACUGUUUGAGGAGCCGGAAGACCCCAGUAACCGCUCCUUCUUCUCGGAGAUCAUCUCGUCUGUGUCGGACGUCAAGUUCAGCCACAGCGGGCGCUACCUGCUGACCAGAGACUACCUCACCGCCAAGGUGUGGGACCUCAACAUGGAGAACAAGCCCCUGGAGAUAUACCAGGUGCAUGACUACCUCCGCAGCAAGCUUUGCUCCCUGUACGAGAACGACUGCAUCUUCGACAAGUUUGAGUGUGCCUGGAACGGCUCAGACAGUGUGAUCAUGACUGGGGCCUACAACAAUUUCUUCCGGAUGUUUGACCGGAACACCAACCGUGACGUGACCCUGGAGGCGUCCAGGGAGAGCAGUAAGCCCCGGGCCGUGCUCAAGCCUCGGCGCGUCUGCCAGGGCGGGAAACGACGCAAGGAUGACAUCAGCGUGGACAGCCUGGACUUCACCAAGAAGAUCCUGCACACGGCCUGGCACCCCACGGAGAACAUCAUCGCCAUCGCUGCCACUAACAACCUGUACAUCUUCCAGGACAAACUCAACCAGGAGAUGCAUGGCUGAGAGAGAGAGAGCAGGAGGCUGGAGACACACACACUGAUGCACACAUUCAUUCAGACAGUAAGGCAAGCAAGAACAUGUAACAUAUGCACACACACACACACACACACUCUCUCUAGUUGACAGGGAGAUGCUGUAAAGACACACACUCCACAGUUCUCAGUGGAUGGACCGGUCCACCUUGGACCAGACAGGGGGAGCUGGAUAACCCAAUAAGAAUGAUGCUGGAUUAUGGUUUAUGGAAUUCUAAAUCAUGGUGUUGACUGUUGACUUCUGGAUUGUGACUGAUCUGAUGGUGUUUGUUUUGCUAUUGGUCAUUUUUGCAUUCUGAGGGGUUUGACCUCUUGACAGGAGGAGCUUUCACAUGUCUGUCUUUUUCUGAUCAUCUGCCUCUUCCUCUUCUUCCCCUUCCUCCUCCCUCUGUUUCUGUACAUGUCUGUGCUCAGUCCUCUCCUACAGUCUGGAUUGAUUCUUGACUUUGGUGUAAAAAACCCAUUGUGGUUCCUGGUGGUAACUAGUGGAAAUGUUUGGGGAAUGUUUGAAGUCUAAUUAUAGUUAUUUUGUUAAAUCAUGUUACAUUUUUUAAUUAUCAUUAAUGAUGAUGGUAAAAGUGAUGACAAUGACAGUUAAUGGUACACAAGACAUUAGUCAGUAGGACAUUGGGUUCCACAAGGCUGUCUGUCACACCUAGGUGACAUUUCAUCCUGAUGUUUCAGUUGAUUGUGAAAACUGCUGGGGAACUUGGCUGUGUCGUGCAACUUUGCAAUGAAACACAAGGAAUGAAGCAAAAAUCAAGUCCAACAAUCAAGCAAAAAAUAUGCUGCAUGAUGGAUUUUUUUUUGUUUAUAUAAAUUUACUGGCUGCCUUUCUAACCAUAAACAGGCUGUAAAAAGGCUUCUGGAGCUCUGCCUCUACACAGCACUAGUUACCAUAGACAACAACAAAGAGCUCUCCUUUUGUUUGUGUUUACCAGACACAAAAAGCAUGUUUACCAGUGUUCAGUUUUACGGUGUACAUAUGAAAUGAAGCCCAAAUAAUACAUAGGUUUUACAUGAAGAUACUGAACCAGAGGUAUGGGGAAUGUUAUCAACGUUGUAAUCUAAACGGUUAAAGGAAUGUUUUAUUAACGUUGUAAUCUAAACUUUUAAAGGAAUGUUUUAUUAACGUUGUAAUCUAAACCUUUAAAGGACUGUUUUAUCAGGGUUGUAAUCUAAACCUUUAGAGGAAUGUUUAAUCAACGUUGUAAUCUAAACCUUUAAAGGGCCUGAAUGGUAUCUGCUGUAUAUUCAACUCUUUUUGACAUUUCUAGGUUUGUUGUUUCGGAUCAAGAACCAAGAGUGCAGAGCCAAUCAUCUCUGACGAUGGUGUUCAUGGCAACAAGAGAGAGAUUAUUAAACUCUUCCCUCCAGCCUUUCAACAAAUUCAGAUUUUUUUUGAGAACAGUUAUUGUUAAUUUAUAUAUAUUUUUAACAUCUGUCACUUGUGUUUGAUUUCAUGUCUUGCUGCCCUGGCAUUGAUUCACAUAUUUUGUGUUCAUGUAUUUUCAACGGGAAAAAGAUCUCAUGAACAAUUACGAAUAUGUUAAUGUUUUUUUUUUCCCAGAAUAAAGAUUUCAACAAUAUGGCAUCCUA